GGAACUUCUUAAAGUCCCGCCGCCUCCCGGCGUUCCGAGGAGUCGCGGGGGAGCGGCGGCAUGGCCCGGGCGGGCGGUGGCGUGUGCCGCUGCUGCUGGGCGCUCGUCCUCCUGUGGGCGGCGGCGGGCGGCCGCGCAGAACUCCGCUAUGCAACUGUGUACUGGAAUAGAGCUGAAAAAAUACUUCAGGUCAAGAAUACGCUGGACAGGAGUGGAGAUGCUUAUGGCUUCUACAACAACAGUCUACAGACAACAGGCUGGGGAGUCCUGGAGAUCAGAGCAGGCUAUGGCUCUCAGACCUUAAGCAAUGAAGAUAUUAUGUAUGUUGCUGGCUUCUUGGAAGGCUAUCUCACAGCUCCGCAAAUGUAUGACCAUGCUGCAAAUAUGUAUCCACAGCUAAUUAAGACUCCCACCAUUCGAAGAGGAGUUCAGAAUUUUAUGGCGAAGCAAGAUCAAUGGACAAGACAACAAAUCAGAAAUAACAAGGAUGACCCAUUUUGGAGGCAUGCUGGCUAUAUUAUUGCACAGUUGGAUGGUCUGUACAUGGGAGCCCUUGAGUGGGCUAAACUACAUAAACUAACACCACUGAGCAACUUUGAUGUCCAGUUUCUGAAUGCAGUGGGAGACCUGUUGGACCUUAUUCCUGCAUUAUUUGAUUAUUCUGCGCGGGGUGGACAAUGCAAUGUGGAUUCAGGAGGCCAUGGGAGAUACCAGUGGGACAUGGGACACUGCUCUGCACUGAUCAAGGUUCUACCUGGAUAUGAGAAUAUAUAUUUUGCCCAUUCCAGCUGGUUUACUUAUGCAGCCACACUGAGAAUAUAUAAGCAUUGGAACUUCAAUAUAGUUGAUCCAUACACCAGCACUGGCCGUGUCUCAUUCAGUAGUUAUCCAGGCUUUUUGGUGUCCCUGGAUGACUUUUAUAUACUGGGCAGUGGAUUGGUCAUGUUGCAGACUACCAACAGUGUUUUCAAUGAAACCCUCAUUAAGCAAGUGGUGCCUGAAUCCCUGUUAGCUUGGCAGAGGGUCCGCAUUGCCAACAUGAUGGCAAAUGAUGGCAAAACUUGGGCAGAGACCUUCUCAAAGUGCAACUCUGGAACCUACAACAAUCAGUACAUGGUUCUAGACCUGAAGAAGGUCAAGCUGCAGAGGAGCCUUGAUGAUGGUGCAUUGUACAUUGUUGAGCAGAUCCCAACCCUUGUGGAGUAUUCUGAUCAAACAAAUGUUCUCCGGAAAGGUUACUGGCCUUCAUACAAUAUCCCUUUCCAUGAAAAGAUUUACAAUCUCAGUGGGUAUGCAUCAUACGUUGUCAAGUACGGCAUGGAUUUCUCCUAUGAGCUUGCUCCAAGAGCCAAAAUCUUCCGUCGAGACCAGGGCAAGGUGACCAACUUGGAAAGCAUGAAGUACAUCAUGAGAUACAACAACUAUCAGCAUGAUCCUUAUGCUGAACACAAUCCUUGCAACACCAUUUGCUGCCGGGAAGACCUGAAUCCUUCUUUACCAGUGCCUGCAGGCUGCUAUGACUCCAAGGUGUCGGAUUUCCGCCUGGCUGCAGCGUUCACCGCCUCCGCCAUCAAUGGCCCUCCGGUGCAGGGCGGUCUCCCGGUCUUCAGCUGGAGACGCUUCAACCGCACGCAGCACCAGGGCCUGCCCGAGUCAUACAACUUCAAUUUUGUCACCAUGAGGCCCAUCCUGUGAAAUCAGCGUCAAUAUCCACAAGUGGAUUUUUUUUUUUAAUGGAAAAUUUAUUUCUUGUGUAAUAAAUCGACCUGGGUGUCCACAUCCCCGUGCCUUAUACCUGCCUUCCCAUGUCCUGUCUGCUAGGCACUUCGUACUGAUAGCGGCUGCUUCGCUGCAGCCCAAAGCACAUUCCUUUCUUCUGAGCUGUUUGGAUGGCCCUUCCUCUGACUAGGAUUGAUGAGAAGCAGGUGACAGAGCUUUCUGUUGAUCUGGGAGCAUCACAGCUGUUCCCAGAGCAGGAGUGAAGAGCAAUGCCACCGGUGAGAGUGAUCAGUUUCUAGUAGCAACAUGGGAGCUGUGUCCAGGGCUGGGCCAAACCAGGUGGCUGCUUUGGGCCGUGAUGGCCUUACCUCAGCGCUGGCUUGAUGUCUGCCUUUUGUCUGAGUAGUGUGCUGCAAGUUGCUUCCCAUCAAGCAUGUGUUCUCUGUGGCAGAUCAGUCUGUUCUGUACAGGAUGUGACUUUCAGUGGCACUGUCAAGACUUCCUUUGUGUGGCCAGAGCAGCGGGCAAUGUCAGGCUGCAAAAGAGGGUAAAGGGAAGUGGCCUGAUGCUUUGGAAAUGCCCCCACCCCAGGCUGCAGGGACAGAAAUAUGAUGCAAUGGAUCUCUUACAAGGGAUCUCUCUCUUGGAUUGGAUCAUCCCAUGCAGUUGCUGGGUGCCAUCUUUGCCUGUGCUCUCAGCUGUGGCAGGGGAAUGUGACAGUGAGAUGGCUGUGAGGGCCAGGGCUGUGCACAUUACUCUUAGUUACCUGUGUUUGCACCAAGGAGUUGAGUCACUAGGCUGUUUUGUGCUAGAUGUUCUAUGUGUAAUUAAGUAAAACAAAAUAAACAGCUCUUUCCUCAUGUCCUUGACGGUCCAAGCUAAACAGCGCACAGCACUGCCUUGUGUUAUGAAGGUGAAGAAUGAUGAGCAGUUUGAGGUUCAAGUGAAGCCUCUAGCAUUUAGCUUGUGUGAUGGGGAAGGGAACAAGUUACUGGGUGAGGUUCUAGCUAAAUAUUUGGCUGUCACAGUAAGGGUGAUUUUCGCCAAGGGAAGAGGGAAACCAGAAGUUACAGCAAAGCUGUUGUUGACGAUGAAAAAUUCAUGAAGGGACUGAAGUGAUUUGUUUGCUGAGGUAGGAGGUAGGUGUGAGAUGCUGUGUGCAGACUUCUCCAUGUGGUGGUGGAACCACUGCCACAGAUUGGAUUGAACUGACCUGGAUUGAACAGGCUGCAGCAGGCAUUAAAGAGGACACUUAAGGAAUGGAUCUGGGUCAUGAAGAGCACUGCAAGGAUCUGAGCUGCCAGAAAGCAGAGGACCAAGGAUCAGCUGCUUGUUUGAAACAGGAAGCACAGAGGGGCUGGAGGAUGGCUUGACUUCACUCCUAGACAACACAGCAACACUGCAGGAUCUAUUUACUGCUUUUUCACGCAGUUUUAUAUAAAAAUACAAAUAGAGAAGUACUGUUUAAAAGUUGGUCCCCAGGGACUAGGAAACUGGCAGUGGAUUACUGCAGUGAACAGUGUUCUUGACCCAGGGCACAGCUGGAUGCUUCCACCUGCAGGGAGUGGAGUUGCGUGGCACCUGUGAUGUGCCCAUGACAUGACAAUAUGCCUGGAAAUAGCAGCUCUGCCUUUCUCUCACCUUGAGCCUCCUACCCUGAGGUAUGACCUGUUUUGUGCUCCAACCCAGAGUUGUGGGAAAUCAGAGCACUUCUUUUGGGAGUGCCUUUCUGUAAGUAUUUACACCAGUGGGAGCUUGUGAGCCUUAGGACUCCAAUCUGUGUGACUUUGGUUAUUUUUUUGCCUUUGGUUGUGCUGCUGAAGGCCACUGCAUUCCUCUUGCUGUGCUGUCCUUUGUGCUUCCUUUGUUGCCAGACCAGCCAGGGCUGAUCUGCCAGUCCUGACCACAGCAGCCGGGUCCAGCUCCUCUUCCCUGCACAGCUGCAUCGGUGACCAGAGGAGGCUUGGAUAGCAUUGCAUGGCCCAGUAGGCAGGUGCAAAAGAACUGACAGAUGGCUACAUGAAGUUUAAAGGUCUCUUUGAGUAUCUUAUUUCCUUCUGCAGGUGCCACUUGGAAUAAAAAAAAGGAAGGUAUGCUCUAAGCAGACGAUUUGUGGCAGAAGUUGCUGCCUUUUUCAUAUCCUGCUUUCAGGUUUUUCCAAGUCCUCUGGCUUCUGACUCUUUAACUUCAGGUUUCCAGAUUUGUCUGAAGAGAGACUUAGUUGGUGGGGAGAUAGUGGGAAGUGGUAGUGAUAGAUCUCUCUUGCCAUAAUAAAAAAAUACUCUUCAGUCAAUGCCUAGAGGAAAUGACUCCUCUCAGCCGGACCAUCAGAAUUGUCACAUCAAACACAAGCUUUCACAUGCUUUACCAUCCCCCUUUUCUGAAAUUCAGUAGCAAACUUGCCCCUCCUGGUUCUAGUGGUCAGACCCUGCACAGCCUCACCUCUAACAGGGGCCACAGUCUGUCACAGCAUCCUCUCUCUGUGGCAGGAGACACCUGGGUAACAUCUUAGCACUGCCUGCCCAGGUCAGGAUGUACAGUACUUCAGGGAGAAACCAACAGCACGCCUUUGGCAGUGUCCUGGUGCUGUGCUGCUGGCUCAGAUUUGCUUCUCAGAUGACUUCUGGGGUUUUUUCAGUUUGCUUAGUAAAAGCAUCAGUGGUGUGCAGAAAUGGACUUUGCUCUGGGACUGUAGCACCUUCCAGACCUACCAUGGAGUGUGUGCAGAGCUACUCUGCAGCAAACAGUGAGUGUUCUGCAUGCUCACAUUCUCACUUUGCUUUACUUCAGCAGGAACUGCAAUUAAAGCAGUGCUUGAGCAGAGUAGUUAUGCUGUAUUUGAUGAUAAAACAUAGGUUCUGCAUUAUGUGCAGUACAUAUACUUGUAGUUUAAAUAGGUAGUUUGAGAAACUCAGGACUUUCAAGUGGGAUUGUGCUGAGGCAUCACUUCGCAAGAGUCCAUCAUCUUCUGGUCAGUGACUUGAAGCAAAUUUCAGUAAGUGCAUGGAAACUAAUUAUUAGCAUUACAAAUGAAUUAUAUGCCCUUGAAGUACAGGCUCAGCACUAACUCAGGGUCGUCACGUCAGUAACUCCAUGUUCUAAGUACUUUGAGUUCUCAACAAUUUGGCAGCAGAGUUGGGUCCAAGAGGCAGAUUUUCCCAGACUGCCUUCUAGUCCAGCUGUUCAUUGGUCCCAAACAAGUUGCACAAGAUCUGUCAUGGUGCUGUUCCUGGCUUCUACCCUUGAAGCAGCUGGGUGGAGGGGGCAGAGCCCUUCAUGAUGUCUGCACUGAAACAUGCUAUUAUUAAUUAUUUAUAAUUUAUUAAUCCUGAUUUCAUUGUACCUGAGUGGUGCACUUUGUGCUCAGCACAGCAGCUGCUUCCUGGUCAGCUGAGUGGGCCUUCAUGCUUGAAGGGUGCUCUGAAAAACUCCAGGACUUUGUCCAAAGCCUCUUGCUCAAAGAAUGACCAUUGCUUCAGAGGUCGAGCCUGGCAUCUUGGAGGGCAAGGAGAGCAGCACCAGCAACUGGAUUUCCAUUUGUGUAUUCAUCUGGGGCAACUUUGGGGUGCAGGUCACUUUACUCUCUCUGUCCAUGCUUUGCAGAAAUGCAUGGAAGGCAACUUUCCAGAAGUUAUAGCAUUGCUUUGGUUUUUUGCUUCUAUGAGAGUAGCACCGUGCAGUUGACUUCCUGGGAAUGACCAAGAGCCAAAGCCUUGCUGCUCAGUGUUGGCUGAGCAAAGUGGCAACACCUCUGGAGAGGAGGAGCAGGCUCUGGGCUCUUUUUUGAGAGUUGCCUCCUGCCAUGUCAGGAACUAAUGCACAGAUGACUCAAAAUGUUAAAAACCCAGUAGUUUUAUUUCAAAGUAUAAAUUCCAGGCUUGGCAGACAAAACCCCACUAACAGUUAACACAGACACACACUAAUCUACAGUACAUACAAAAAUGGGGAAAGCUGGCAACUGCCCAGUUUACAGUGGACAUUAAAUCAGUCCUAUGUUUUUUCUUUUGUAUUUACAAGUCCAGCUGCAAAACAAAACAAGAAAUCAGAUUUGGAAUUUUCCAACAAAGGAUUCUGCACAUUUGACUUCUGAUAACCAAUAAAUUACUAAAGCUGAACAGGAAUCCCUGAACAACUACUACUCAGCUAUCUUAUAUACAGCAACACCCUAUCAGUUUAAGACAGCAGUACAAAUAUAUAUAUGUGUGUGUAUAAUAUAUAUACACACAUCUAUACAUAUAUAUAUAUAUAGGCAUAUGUAUAUAAAAGAAGAAAAGAAUGCUCAGCCUGCAUAAUGACAAUGAGAAAGAAAGAUGGCUUUUUAACUUAAAAGGGAUGAAAAGGAAAAUUCAUUGAUUUGCUUUCUCCUAGCUAUCCUUAAUUUUUUCCUUCUCCUCUCAGAAGGUGUUUGGAAGGGAAUAGAUCUGCAUGGCAGGGCUGGCUUAGUGUCAUUUAAUCUCUUCUCCCUCCAGUGUUUUCAAACAAUGCCCACCCCUACCCAAAUCAACAAAUUAAAAAAAUAUAUAUUUAAUAUCUCAAGCUUCUAUUUAAAAUAUCUGCAUAGAUAUUUUUGACAAAAGGAGAAUACUCAAAGGGUGUAUAAGAAGGCAGAAUCACAGCUUGAUUGUGUACAGUGUAUGCAAUACUUGUCCUGGGGAAUGGCUGGCUUGGGAGCAGGAACAGACAUGACCCAUCCCUUUAUAUAAUAUUGGGUUUUAUUUACUGUACAUUUAAGACUUAAGUAUCAAGGAAGAGCUGAAGUGGCUAUUUCUGUUACAGUACAAAAUGAUGUUCAGAUCCCACUACUGAGCUGAGUCGUGGUCCCAGCGAAGACUGAGGGGUUUUGCCUUUGUUUUCUAAGGAAGGUAAGACCCCUUAAUUUUAUAGGGAGAACACCAUGAGUUUUUCCAGCCUUGUGCUAAAAACCUUGGGAAAGGGUGUCACAGUGCUUGUGCUCAGUGAUCUAACACGGCCAAGGGCAGCACAAACAAUUCCAAGGAGCAACGUCAGUCCAACGCAUAGGGAAGCUGCUCAGAGCAUGGAAAUAAUUACAGGCUGAGAGAUCUGCAUCCUUGUGUUUUCUGAAGCUGUCACUGGAGACAGUACAGAUGCCAUAGCUGCAGUCUGUCCCCUCCUAGCAUUUAUGUUUUUGUAUCCAAUAGUUUUUUAGCCAUACUGCAAUAAAACAGGCCAGUGAAGCUGUAACUAGGAGAAAUGCAGAAUGCCAUUUUGCCAUCAGCACUCCACAGCAGGACUUCUCUCCAAGUAGAUGAAGUAACUCAAAUUACUUUCAACCUGGACAUCCAGAUGCCCUUGUACCAUAUACAGAGAAAACAAUUUAAACCUAAAACACACCCAAAAGUAAAUGAGGAUUGAAAACACAGCUGUAGUCAGCGCUGUGUUUGCUAAAACAUGGGCAACUCAGUCCAACGUGGUACUGCUGAAAUGUCAUGUACCCAGAGGCAGCAGCAAAACACAGAAUCACAGAAUUCAGACAGUCAGGAACAACUUUAUACCAAGCUACUGAAAGAUGGAAAUUUUGCAUUAAGUGCAAAGAAGAAACCAAACUCAACACUUCCACUUAAAAGCCAUAUAGAAAUUUUUAGCGUAUUAAAAAGUGGAUUAUUGGAAGGCUUCAGUGAUUUGAGACUUUUCAUUAAUGAAGAGACCAGUCUAGAAGCACAGUAUUAAUACACCUGUACUGAAUGUUGCUAAAUAUUUUGGUAAUACUUUCAAAUAAAGUCUGUAAAAGAAACAAA